UACCGUUUAUCUAACCGUGUUUCUCUCAGACUCCUCCAGACGAGCCCAGCUCCACCUGUCUGUCCCAGAGAUGCCCGCUAAAAGAGUCUACGCUUUGGCCGCCCUCCUGCUGCUGACCGCCCUCAUCAGCAGCACACACUCAGCCAGCUGCUGUGUGAGAUACACCCGGCGGCCCAUUCCCUGCAAACGCCUCCUGGGCUACAGCGUCCAGAACAUCCGGGGGUCCUGCGAUAUCCGGGCAGUGAUAUUCCACCUGAGGGGCCGGUUUGUGUGCGCUAACCCCUCCGAGAGAUGGACCCAGAGGGGGGUGCGCUGCCUAGAUGAGAGGAGGAGGAGGGAGGAGGAAGACCAAUGAGGUCCAGAAAAAGAGGAAAAUGGAGGAUUACCCAGCUCCAGAACUCAUAAAAUACUUUUUUUAUUUUCUAUGGAGGCUUUUUGGAGGCGUCUUCCUCUCCUAUCUGUUCUGUUUUAUAAACAGGGAAGUGUAGUAUUCUUAAUACUCAAAUAAGC